AUGGGAAAUAACAUAUUUUUUAAUAUUUUAUUAUUUUGCAUUACAUUAUUCGUCUUAUGCGUGUUCAACACAUCAUCACAACAAGCGGUAAAAACUCUUGGCUUGAACGAAGGUCAGAUAUGUCGGAAAGCCCUAAGACCUGAUCAAGAAUAUGUGUGUACGAGUACAAGAUACUGCAAAGCUUUUAAACACAGUCUUAAAACCCGUAAUUAUCUUGAUAUAUGUAAGUUCGUUGGUUUACAGCCGAUAGUUUGCUGUCCAGUGACGAAUUAUGAAGAGUUAAUUGAAAUACCAGAAAUGAAAAAUGAAAAUCCAAUAUCGGCCGAUGAAAAAUGUUAUCAAUAUAAUAAAAUAAAAAUAGAUUCCAAAUUAAAGGAAGAAGGUGUAUUUUAUCCUGCAGCAGUAGGAGGAACAGAUGCAGAAAAACAAGAGUUUCCACACAUGGCGCUGUUAGGUUAUGGUGACUCCACGACAAGUGGAGAUGAUUGGAGAUGCGGUGGUUCGCUGAUAAGCGAAAGGUGGAUAUUGACUGCAGCGCACUGUCAAGAAAGUUCCGGGAAUAAAGCUCGUUGGGCUCGCCUUGGAGUCUUAGAAAGGGUCGUUAAUGAAGACAACGUAGUUCAGCCCAAUGACUAUCGAAUAGUGAAGCAUGUAAUACAUCCCGAAUAUAGAUCACCUUCGCUAUACAACGACAUAGCUCUAUUCCGUUUGGAAAGGGACGUCGUGAUUUCCGAAGAUGUGCGACCGAUUUGUCUUAACACGGAUACGGAUCUAUCUUCAACACCUUUAAAACAAAUAGCUACUGGUUGGGGGCGAAUUUCAACGGCCGGGCCACUGAGCGACAAUUUGUUGAAAGUAGAUUUGGAUAUUUUCCCCACAAAUCAGUGCAAUGAAAGUUAUAUUACAAAUACUCGUCAAUUACAAUUCGGCAUAUUACCAGACAGGAUGAUAUGUGCGGGCUCGUUUGAUGGUGAAAAAGACACUUGCACGGGUGAUUCGGGAGGUCCACUUCAAGUAAGACAUCCCGACUAUCCCGACAUGUAUAUACAGUACGGGAUUACUUCGUUUGGGAAAUUUUGUGCAGACAAGGAUACCCCCGGAAUUUAUACUAGAGUAGCCAAAUAUAUUCCAUGGAUCGAAGAAAUUGCAUUUUCAAACAACUGA